AUGCAAUUAUUCAGAAUGUCUACGAAAAAGUCAGACGAAGAGUGGAAAUGUGUUUUGAACGCCGAACAGUAUCGAGUAGCUCGUCUUAAAGGCACAGAAGCACCUUUCACCGGUGAAUAUUACCAUAAUAAAGAAAAGGGUGAAUACCUUUGUGUAUGCUGCGGAUCAAAACUUUUUGACUCAUCUGCAAAGUUCGACAGUGGGUCAGGUUGGCCAUCAUUUUAUCAAGUUUAUGGAUCAAACGGGCGAGACGAUUCGCAAACAAAUGUUACUAGAACGGAAGAUAAUUCACUGGACUCGAUGAGAAUAGAAAUCUCAUGUAAACAGUGUGGCGCUCAUCUAGGCCAUGUGUUCGAAGAUGGACCUAAACCAACCGGUUUACGUUAUUGUGUAAACAGUGCAUCUUUGUCAUUUAGAAAAUCAGAAUAA